AUCGUCUUUUUGUGCGUCAUGCAUCACUCCGCUUAGUCACUGGAGCCGAGCCAGCCACAAGCACGGCGCCGGUGAUGGACAGUCGCGUGCAUGCACAGUCCUUUGCUGUUUAUUCUAUUUGAUGCAACCAGCUAGCCCUGCUUUUAUGUAAGACGGUCAACACGAAAUGAAACGUUAACAAUGUCCGAAGCACUUCAUUUUUGCAUCUCAAACCACGUUGCACUCAGUAGGCCGCGUCCACAUAUUAAUCCAAUCACAUCGCAUUAGUACGUCCCAUUGCUCCUUCCGACAUCGCGCCUAUGUCCAUCAGCUUGUGCUUCCGAUUGUCACAGCCGGCCGGAGAGGACUGCAACAGAUAUUCAUAUCCAUACUGAAUGACGUUAUGCAUUGCCAAUCUUCCUUUACCCCUCAUCUCCAGGGGCCUCAGCGGCCUCACAGUCAGCCGGAAGUGCAGGCUGCAAGACCACUCUGCCAUCAUGUCGUCUCUGAGACAGUCUGCUGAGACCGCCUCUUGUGCCUCGCCACCCUCCCACAUUUCCCCCCGUCAGGCAACACAGGCAGUGGGUGGGCCUCUGCAACGCGUCCAUGCCGGAUGCGCACAGAGGGACAGACAGACAGAUGAAUGCAUUUACGCAAGACCUGGCUGUACCUUCUCACCUGUAUUAAACACAAGUUUGUCGAGUCUGACGGUGCUGGGCGGGCUGAACGCGAUCAGGAAAUACUUGAAUGUCUCUGCGAUGACGAAGCUCUCCAUGGUGUUCGUCUGCCGCGGGGGGACCUUAAAGAGACAGGAAAGAGGCAAUCCAAUGGCCUUCCGUCUGCACCUGGUGCGCACCGCAUAAGGAUCAGCGAGAGCGGAAAAACCAUGUGCUCCUUUUGCCCAUUUGAUCAUCGCCAGGAAGAUUUUCCACGUCCAAUUGCGGUACCGGACACCCCACUCGCGAACGGCCGCCGAUUCUUCUUCCUCAGUGACAGUGGAAAAGAUGUAUUCUUUUUGCCCGCUUGCAUCGCUCGUGGCAGCCUUCGCCUGUCGGUCUUGGGUGAAAUAGUGCGGCCUCCCCUGAAGCUCAAUCAUGUAGGCGAGGGACUCGACAGUCUCCGGCCGUAGAAGCGUGUUGCGCUGCGACAUGUCUCGCUGAAUGUCGGAAUCGCUGAACCUGACUCCCUCGGGCGGCAGACCUGGAUUGACAAAGACAUCUCACUUUACCGCGAGUCUUUGUUUUCUUUCUUACUUUCUCUCUGUACCGCUUUGAGUGAAGAAAUACAUGGAGACGCAAGUCUUGCAUAGUUCGUCAGCAAGCCGCUCAAGAAAGGCUCCGUCUAUUUUGUGGCACGCUGGAGCAAAGCUCCUGUCGUGGCAGGCGGCCUUUGGGGGCUCAUCUGGCUGCCAGACGAGGGAUGUCCGCGCCAGCAGCAUCAGCAUACCCGGAAGAAAACAUGCCUAAAAAAAGGUCGAGACGAAAUGCGGCUGCCCAUUUGGCCGGAUAGCCCACCAGAUGGCCCAUCCGUGCGCUUUUUGUUCUGCCCCGCUCCGACAGGUCAGCGACAUACACGAGUCCUUGGCCACCGUAGUUAAUCCGCCCCUCCCUGUCACCAUAUGUCUUGCUCCAGUCUGGCUGCGGCAGGGAUGGAGGCCUGGAGGUCUUGGAUACCACGUCGGGCAACCUGCGCAAAAAGCCCAGCAGCAUCGCCCUCAGCAAGGCGUCUUGCUGGCCUGAGGGGCACACACACACACAUUUAAAUUGAACAAGAGAUGGCCCCCCGAGACUCACGACUACCUGUGAGAAUCCAUUCUUUGGCGAGGUACUCAUAGAACGAGUCCCCUCCGCCGCCCAGUGAGAUCGUCCCCUUGUGUGUGGCCAAAUCCUGCGGUUUGAGGUGGGUGGGGAUGAGGCCAUGCCUGGACACCUGUCUUCGGCGCUCGAUCAGGUCGGUCGUAGCCUCCGCUGCUUCCGCAUAGGAGCAAUCACCUGUGAAGUGGCUACGACGAGGGCCAAGGGGAAUGAGCAAGAUGGGCUAUCUGCGCUUACCUCAGCACCUUCAACUCAAGUUGCACUGUGCCGAUUUCUGAGCACAACAAGGAAACAAUGCUGGUUGUGACAGUCCUUUUUUGCUGACCAGCGAGACAUGAUGCGCCGCCACGGUAAGUCCCCUUUCCGCUAUCGAGAAGGACAGUAGAUGUCUGUGGGACACCCACAAAGCGUCCGCCAGUCAUCCACUCCUCGAUGACAGGCCCACUUUCCGACCACUGUCUCGGAGUGACCGUAGGAGGAAACGAUUUCAAGAGCCGCCCGCCCAGCGACACCGCCUCUUCCAGGACCCUAUCCAUUUGAUGAGCCCGACGCUUCUCCUCAUCGGUCAUUUUGUCCUUUUCUUUCUUAGGAAGGGUCGGUUUCAGUAGCGAGUAGAUACCCAAAAGGCCGCCCUAUGACACAACAUUAAGGUCAAGUCUGUGCACCGCACCAAUGAUUGCUUCAUCUUCCCACCAGCUGCCGUAUGGUUGUCUCAAAGACAUUGGCGCUGUAGUGGCGAUUGAAUGAAAGAUUGUCUGCCACCCAUUGCAGCGCCCUGUCAAGCUCAUCGUGCAGACCAGCAUAGAAAAGAGUGUCCAUUGAGUCGAGAAUCAUCACGCCGACCCCGCCCCAAUUAGCCCGGCCUUUCCCAUUUGACGGGUUGAUUUCAUCACUGCCAAACGCGUGCUGCUCAUACUCAUGCCAAAACCAUUGCAGAUUGCGCCUCACGAACCUCCUGCGAAUCUCGUUCUCUUCGCCCAGCCAAUUUGAGAAGGACAAACACAUGCGGCUCAGAAGAGGGCACUGUUUAUAAUUGUUGAUAGCAGUGGAGGCGUCCAUUUGAGAUAAUGACAUGGCCACGAGAUCGUCUUCAGACAGCAAAUUCAUGAGGUGCCUGGAACACUUCUGUGUGCGACGGAUAUCUGCCGGCGUGAGCUGUCUUCUUGUCACAUUCGUCAACCGCUGUAGGACAUUCGGGGCUGGCGAAAGCUCUAAGGGUGGGUUGGGCGGGACUCCCACAUGCGAGAAGGGAAGCCGGCUGCGAAGGAGGAAGCGCUGAAAUCUGGAUGGAUCUGUCGGCUCGUCACCGUGGCCGCGCGGGUGGGAUGUGAGAUUCAUCACCAUGACCACUACCAUGGUGAUCAGCAUGAGGGCCAGACACAGUAACCUGGGGCGUGAGCUCCACCGUCUCUUGCCGUACAUCCUCGUGAUGUGCGGUAGAGGGAGCAACAACCUGCUACCAACGCGUCGUUUCAUAAGCCUUUUCCCACUCGUUUUGCUGCUUCAGAGUUACAUCAUGAUGGCUCGAGGAGGACCGGCCUCUUCUAUUGGGAUUAAAGGUCCAAGGAUGAAAGGUGACGGUGUUGUUAUGGAGAUAGAACCACAAAUCGCCAGGGCGCUGCAGCCGUUGUGUCUCAUUUGCGAGCGACUUC